AUGGGGAAACUCCCCGCCGCCAUCUUCAUCGCCAGACACGGCGCUCGGCUGGAUGCUGCCGACAAAAAUUGGCAUCUAACCUCCCCGACUCCCUAUGAUACUCCUCUCUCCUACGGCGGCUGGUUGCAGUCUCGCGCGCUCGGCGCCCGCAUCGUCAGCUUACUGCAGUCGCUCGACGAUACUCCCGCCGUCUCAUCCACCGCUUCGCUGGACGAGCCGAGUCCCUCUUCGUCGCUUCCCAAACCCAAGAAAAAGCGCAGAGUCAUCGUUCAUACUUCACCCUACCUUCGUUGUGUACAAACAUCCAUCGCGGUCAGCUCGGGAAUCAGCCAGCAUUACCCUGACACAGAAGUCAUUAACCCUGCGGUCGCCUCGAGUUCGAGUCAUCAGGUCAAUGGGUAUUCCACGGGGUCACCUGUCGACCCGAGCAGGGAAUCAGUCUCGACCUCGACCCCGGUCCCCGGCAUUCCACCCACAUACCCCCCCCUUGACCACCGAUGUCUCUUGCGGGUGGACGCCUUUCUAGGGGAAUGGUUAACUCCGGAAUAUUUCGAGCAGAUCACACCACCCCCCAAGUCGGAAAGACUCAUCGCUGCCGCCAAGGCUGAAUUGUUACGGCGCGGGGACGAUGUGGUCCCAGUGGCUGAUACCGUCAAUACGACCCCCACUGGCUACUUUCCGGGAGGCUGGAGUGGGUUCACCACCAGCAUCACUCCCCCUCCCGUGGAUGAAUCGACAAAUCAAGUUGCGCCGACCGCGGGUAUCCCUGCCGCCACAGUCCAGAGGAACCGUGCAAACAGCUAUGACAGUCUAAAAUCGGCCGAGAACCCCUACGCCAGAAGGGUCUUGGGCAAAAUCAACACAGACCUUCCCCCGAUCCCCGAUGGCGCGUACAUGCCACCCACACCCAGCUACGCAAUCUCGCCCUCCGGCCCCAUCCCGAUCGGGUAUGUCACCCAUGCGCGCAGUGCUUGCGUCAAAGUGGACUACCAGUGGGACAGCAUGCGCGACCCGCAGAAUUGGGGCCAUGGCGGGGAGUACGGCGAGGAGUGGAGUGCCAUGCACGAGCGGUUCCGCGCGGGGCUGGAGCGGAUGCUCGGCUGGUAUCGCGAGCCGGACCCAAACACCAGCACCGGUCGGCCUCGGCGUUUCUCCCAUCAGCCGGGAGUCCAUGGGGAUGUUCGUCAGGACGCGGAAGAGGAGGAUGACGUGGACACGAUCGUGAUCAUCAUCACCCAUGGCGCUGGCUGCAAUGCCCUGGUCGGCGCUCUGACGGGAGACCCGGUGCUGUUGGAUUUCAAAACGGCAUCCCUGACCAUGGCUGUCCGCAAGGACAAUGUAGACGAGCAGAGCGACGCCCGGGCCGUUUUCCUCUCCGGCGAGCCUUCGGUGCUGCGGACCUACAGCCUGCGGUUGGUUGCCUCCACCGAUCAUCUCCGACCACACGUCAAGCCAGUCCCCUCCACUUCGACGCGGUCUUCGCCUAGCAGCAGUAGCACGACGUCCGCCGCCGCUCCUUCUUAUCGCAAUCGGGUUGCCUCGCGAGCCUCUCUUUCUCAGGGACAAUUCAUGGUUGGUCCAUCUCCCAUAUCGGGCUUGGGAUCACGUUCAUGGUCCCUUGUCCGCCCUUCAACUGCUCCACGAGGCUCCAGCGGUCUCUGGAGCUCCUCGUCUCUGAUCGAGGAAUCCGCCGAUGAUAUCUUGCCCAACUUUGGCGAUCGGAGAUCCAUCUCGACUGGUGCUGCCGUUACAGCGGCGAAGACCAAUGGCGAUGCGCAUCCGCCCAAAGACUCCGGCGGAUGGGCCAACCCCCUACCUCAUAGAAGCCUGUCCCAGCGAGGUCUCUGGGGUAGCCCCCCGAUCUCCAAGGAACGGGAAGCGGGCACCAAACGGCGAUGGACGGUGACCGAACGCAGGGUUGAUGUGUGA